UUGUAUUUAUCUCACGCUCGCAGAGUAUUGAAUGGCGAAGCAGAGAGACAGGGGUAAAUAUGUACUAAUCUAUAAAAUAUAAUUGAAUCUAUAAACUGUAACAGUAAUUUACAAUGAAAAGAAUCGUAAACAUAUGAAUACGUUUAUAAUAGUAGUCAGUUGUUUACAAUAUGUUAGCAAGCUAACUCCAUUCGGCACCAAUGUGAGGAAACGCAUUAAACAAUAACGAAACUCUGUUUAGUUACUUUGUAUAGUUUUGGAUCUGUUAGUCUUUUGCCUCGUCAAUAUCCACCUGUUUAUAUUGGAUAUCCAAAGAGGCCUGUAAAUGGAUCCACCGGAGUUGCGUGAAAGUCCUGCGGGUUUAGUGGGACCUUCAGUGGGGGAGAAGGUAGGAGAUGAUCCGACAGAGGUGACUGAUAAUGGCAGAGAAGCUGAUGGGGAAUCAGAGAAAACAGAAGAAACGGAGUUGGAGAAUACAAUUUGUCAAGAAGAAACGAUGGUUAAUGGACAACUGACUGAAGAGGAACUAGAUCCCAGAAUCCAGGAGGAACUUGAGCAUCUAAAUGAGGCCAGCGAUGACAUCAACAAGCUGGAACUGGAGCUUCAAGAUCUUCGAUCCAGCCACAGGAGGAUAAUGAGCGAAUCUGUGCAUAAACUCAAGGUGAUGAGUAACGAACUAGGGACCUGUAUUGAGAAGGCCAGGCCUUACUAUGAGGCACGAAGAAAAGCAAAAGAGGCCCAGCAGGAAACCCAGAAAGCUGCGCUCAGAUUUGAGAGAGCCGCCUCUAUGCACUUGGCUGCUAGGGAGAUGGUACAGGUGGCUGAACAGGGCCUCACUGUUGUCAAAACACUGGAUCCAACCUGGCAAGAGAUGCUGAAUCAUGCCACUUUAAAGGUGAACGAGGCAGAGGAGGAGCGUGUAAAGAGCGAACGUGAGCACAUGCGAGUUACUCAUCUGUGCCAGGAGGCCGAGGCUCAUGUGCAGGAGCUCCAGAAGUCUCUGAAGAGAGCAAUUGUGAAGUCCAAGCCUUAUUUUGAGGUCAAGAACCAGUUUAAUGAAACGCUGGAGGAGCACAAGUCAAAGAUUUUUGAGUUAGAGGAAGAUAUUUCCAAAGCCAAGAUAAGCUACUCCGGCACCCUGCGUCACCUGGAAAAAAUCAGCGAGGAGAUCCAUGCUCAGAGGGAGAAGGGCCAACCAAAAGAUGAACCAAACAAAACAUGUGGUGGGCGGUGUCCUCCGGUAGGAGCAGAGACAAUCAGCAGCACAGGGACUGAAGGUGGAGCCUCUGGAAGCUCGGCCGUACCAAAUGAUUGGGUGGAUGGGAAAGGGGGCGUGGCAAAUGCUAUAAAUUGGGUGGAGACGCAUAAUAGCUCCAGGUGGGGGGAUAUGGGAAGAGGUGAGGUGAAGAGAUCUGGUUCAGACUCCCUUUCCAUGGUCAGUUUGCAGACCAUCAUCUCAGAUCUUCAAAAGUGCAACUCAGUUGAGCACCUGGGUCAUCUCAGCAGUGAUGUUAGUCUUUCAGGUGAAGAGUGGGAGAGAGACGGGCUGGAGAAAGGGGAUGGACGAGCGAGACAAAAAAACGUAGACAUUUUAGAUGAGUUUCUCAAACAGCACAACAGAAGUGUCAGUUUGUGAGUCUGUACAUUAUAAUGUGAUAUCGUUUCCGUGCACGGAGACCUUUGUUUCUUGAUUGAACAAAACUAUUUUGUUUUGAACAAAACUAUUUGGUAUAUAGUUUGAUUUCCUUUUAGAAAGAGAAAGACCAAAGUACAGUAGGUUUUUAAAAUUCAGAGUAAAUAUUAAAAAGGAUUCUUUUUUGGAUGUGAUGGCUGUGCAAUUUGAAGAUUUCAAGUGGUAAAAUAAUGACAGUAUUUGUUUAAACUAAUGAAAGCAAUGAUAUUGCUUUUUAAGCUUGAUAAUGAAAUAGUACAAACUAGCACCCUUUUUUAUCAUUACACUCGCAUAAAGUACUUCUAUGCAAAUGUGUAAACAGUGUCUUACAACCAUGCUUUCAUUGUUGUGGCUGACAAUAAUCGUACUUUUUAAUUAAGACGAGAUUUCGCUUCAGAGCAGGUUUUACUGAUGGCGUUUGAACCUUUGUUCACCUUCUGACACAAUAUGUGAACGUAAACUGCUUUCGUACUCUAUUUAUAUUUAUUUUCACUGUAUGUCUCCUAUAUUAACUUGUAGUGUUUCAUGUCGUGUCCUUUGGUGGCACAUCUUACCCCAGCUGACAGACACUUUCAUAUAUUUGUAUAGUGUACUUCCUUAUGCAUGCAUAGGACAUGCUUUGUGUUUAAUUUAAUGAACUCUUGCCCUUUUUAAUCAGCAGACUGAAGAUUUUAUUAGUACACAUGGUCAGAAAAGACGAAGUGCUGAUUUUGCUGUUUUUGAGAUAUAGCUGUAUAAGACAAUCAUUUUUCUAUUUUCAGAUUUAAAUGUUAAAUAAUUUAAAAUAGUGAACAUCUUAGAAGCAUUUUUCCUGUUACGUGUUAUUUCUUAAAUACAUGUGCUUUAUAGUAUACAUGUUUGCUGACUCUCUGUGGGAGCAUCAGAUGUGUGUUUAUUAGUAUUGUUCUAUAUGAUGAUGUGCACAGUAGUGACAUUUGAUGGAAGAAUACGUUUUUAUGACCUUAAGAGUUGUUGACAUACGCUGUAUUUCUAUGAGAAUUUGAGACGUGUCAGUACUGAGAUAUUAAAAUAAUAUGAUCUGAA